AUGUCUAACUACGUGAACGACAUGUGGCCAGGCUCGCCGCAGGAGAAGGAGUCCCCCUCGACAGGACAUUCCAGCCGCCUGUCGUCCUCGCGGUCCAGUAGUCGCUCCUCCAGAAGCUCUCGGUCCGGCAUCAGCGUCUCGAGUCGGUCGUCGUCCCGCAGUCGGAGCCUGCCCCGGAGAAGGAACAGGUCUAGGUCUCGCUCCCGGAGACGCCACCAGCGGAAGUGCAGGCGCUACUCUCGGUCUUACUCGAGGAGCCGCUCGCGGUCCCGCAGCCGCCGCCGCAGGUACCGCGAGAAGCACUACGUCUCUUCCCGGAGGUAUUACCGCUCUCCUUCUCGGCGCCGAUCCCUGAGCAGGUCCCGCUCUCGGGGGAGGUCGUACUAUAGGAGGGCUUACGCCCUCACGCGGGGCCGACGAUACUAUGGUUUUGGCCGCACGGUGUAUCCGGAAGAACACAGAAAUUGGAGAGAGCGAUCCAGGACGCGGUCGCGGAGCAGAACUCCCUUUCGCUUAACUGAAAAAGAUCGAAUGGAGCUGUUAGAAAUAGCAAAAGCCAAUGCAGCGAAAGCUUUAGGAACAGCCAACCUUGACUUGCCAGCUAGUCUCAGAACUGUGCCUGUAGCUAAAGAUACAAACUCUGGGACAGCUAUAAAGCGAGAGCUGUCGGAAAAAUUAACCAAAGAUGGAACUAAAAGUCCCAGUGAAAAACCUUCCCAGCAAAGAAGCAUAGCUUUUAGCUCUAAUAAUUCUGUAGCAAAGCCAGUACUUGAGAAAGCAGCUGAAGCUACUUCCGAAGAGGCGACUUCAGGAUCCCCGAAAGUAGAUAAGAAAAAAAGUCCAUAUGAACUGUGGUUGCCUGUCUAA